GUGAUGCGCAUGACCAUAAUUUGUAAGCUUCCGGUCUAGUUCAGAAUGUGGACUCACCUGAAUAAAUGUUGAAUUAUAUAUUCUUUUCAACCAAUAUGCGGUCUAAAUUACUUCCAGUCCAACUUAUUGAUUUACAAGUUAGCGAACCAGUACCAUUAACAAGAUUAUUUUAAUUAAGGAGCGAAUAUAUACCACCCUAAAGACACCAACUUCUAUAGUACAUCAGAAAUGUCAAACCCGUCUCGCAGUUCUGGAUUUCAGAAUAGCAAAUUUGAACCCAUGAACAAAUCUAUACCUCCAAGUGUGCCAGGUCCUUUCCAUGGAAAACCACAAUCUCCAAGCCAAACACCAUUUCCACAGUCAGCAUUGAAUGGUUCAUCAUAUCCAACAUCAAAUGCUACAAUGCAAUCAGGAAUUGGAGGACCACCAAAUCAAGUAAGACCUAAUGUACAGGGUCUGAUGGGCAAUGGACCACCAAAUCAAGUAAGACCUAAUGUUCAGGGUCCGAUGGGCAAUGGACCACCAAAUCAAGUAAGACCUAAUGUACAGGGUCCGAUGGGGAAUGGACCAUUUCCAUCACAGCAUCAAGCUGCAAGACCUGGUUUUCCUCCUACAUCUGUUCCUCAAUAUAAUACACAACAAAUAAGACCUGUUCAAGGACAAUCUGGUGGACCACCACCUAACACUGGAAUAAACAGGCCUCAGAUGGGAGCACCAAUGUAUGGUCCACCAUCUAGUCAGACAGGACAAAUGCCACCUACGUCAAAUAUUCAACAAAUCAGACCUGGUAUGCGACCUCCAAUGACAAACAUACAGCAACAACCUGGUUUCCCAGGUGGAAUGCCAAAUCGACCACCAUUAGUAAAUGGCCCACAGCAACCAGGAGUUGGUCCACCUAUGAGGAUGGGUCAACCAUCAGUGAGUACUGCCCCUUCAUAUUCAGGAAGUCAGCCACCUCCUGGACCUCCACGAAUGGGUACCCUACCAGUUGGCACAGGACCACCUCCUACUAUUUCUCAAAAUAACCAGCCAGGAACACCACAGCAAUCAGAUGGUCUGCCUGUGCCAUACCAUGGACAGGGACAGUAUUCCCACCAAGUGGGCAUGCAGCUUACACCAGGACUAACACCUAACAAUUCAGAACCCACAUCUCGGAGAUCUUCCAGGACUCCAUCACCAAUGAACAAUAGUCAAACAAUGGAUGCAUUAGAAGGGCAAUUCACACCUGCACCACUAGGUGAUCAAGCCAAGCCAAUGACACCACCUCUAUCACAGGAAAUUCAAGGUCGUGGAACACCACCUAAACAAACUCCUUAUUCACAGCCUGGUCCACCACCAAAUGUGAAUAGUCCAGUUUAUGGGCCUCCACCAACAGGCAUGCCUCAAAGGCCUGGUCCACCAAGUGGAUCAUCUCAGAAUUAUAGUAUGGGAACAGGGCCCCCAUCAGGACCAACAAACUUUAAACCUGGUCCACCAACUGGACCUCCAAAUUACAAUGUUCAAUCACAAGGCUCUCAACCAGGGCCAACACAAAAUAUGUAUCAGCCUUCUGGUCCACCAAGUGGACCUCAGAAUUUUGGAAUGCCACCAACAAGUGGACAAUAUGGUCAAACACCUCCACCACCAACUGGAUACCAGCCAACACCUAGUGGUCCAAACACAAUGCCAUCAAGACCAGGAUACCCUCCAUCUAGUCAAGGAGUGCCACCCCAACAACAAAUGUAUGGCCAACCAGGGCCACAACAGCAAGGUGAUGGCUAUGGUACAGGACAAUACAAUAAUAUGCCUAAUGUAGGAGGAAUGUCUUUGACAGAUGAUUCACGAGUUGUUAAUUUAUUACAAGAAAAACAGUUGAUACCAGCUGAUGGCAUUGAGAACCCAAAGAUAAAACUGCAUAAUGACUUCAAAAAGGUCAACUGUAGUCCUGACAUCCUCAGGUGUACAUUGACUUCAAUUCCUCAAACAUCAUCACUUUUAAACAAAUCUAGGUUACCUUUGGGCAUUCUUAUACAUCCUUUUAAAGACUUAUCACAACUUCCUGUUAUACAAUCUAAUGUGAUAGUGCGCUGUCGAUCGUGUAGGACAUAUAUCAAUCCGUUUGUUUACUUUGUGGAUCAGCGACGAUGGAAGUGUAAUCUAUGUUACAGAGUUAAUGAAUUGCCUGAAGAGUUUAAUUUUGACCCUGUGACUAAGACAUAUGGAGAACCACAACGAAGACCUGAGAUAAAGUCUGCCACUAUUGAAUUCAUUGCUCCUUCAGAGUAUAUGUUGCGUCCACCACAACCAGCAGUGUACCUGUAUUUACUAGAUGUGUCUUUCAAUGCAAUAGAAACUGGUUAUUUGAAUACUUUUUGUCAGACAUUAUUAGAUGAAUUAGAUAAGAUUCCCAGUGAUUCUAGGACUCAGAUUGGUUUUCUGUGUUAUGAUUGUGCAUUAUAUUUCUUUAACUUGGAAGAGAACUUAUCACAACCUCAGAUGUUGAUUGUUUCUGAUGUAGAUGAUGUUUUUCUUCCUUGUCCUGAUAACUUACUAGUCAAUUUACAAGAGAGUAAAGAAAUGGUUUCAGAUUUAUUAAAUCAACUGCCAACUCUGUUUGAAAGCAACAGAGAAACAGGGAGUGCAUUAGGUGCUGCACUUCAGGCUGCAUAUAAAUUAAUUCAUCCAACAGGUGGUAGAAUAACAGUUGUACAGACAGUAUUACCUACCAUAGGACCUGGUGGACUGGAGAAUAGAGAAGAUCCUAACCAGAGAACAACUAAGAAUGUAACAAAUUUAGGACCCUCUACAGACUUUUAUAAGAAAUUGGCAUUAGAUUGUUCAGCACAGCAAGUAGCCGUUGAUCUGUUUAUGUUGAAUGGUCAAUAUGCAGAUAUCAGUUCAAUAUCCUGUAUAUCAAAGUAUUCUGGUGGUUGUAUACACUAUUUCCCCUCAUUCCAUUGUGUGAAGAAUCCCUCAUUAACAGAGAAGUUUGAGACAGAUUUAAGACGAUAUCUCACAAGGAAGAUUGGUUUUGAGGCCGUUAUGAGAAUAAGAUGCACUAAAGGUUUAAGUAUCCAUACUUUCCAUGGGAACUUUUUUGUACGAUCGACAGAUUUACUGUCAUUACCUAACAUCAAUCCUGAUGCAGGGUUUGGUAUGCAGAUGUCUAUAGAAGAUGCAUUGACAGAAAAUAGUGUUGUAUGCUUCCAGGCAGCUUUAUUGUAUACAUCUAGUAAAGGAGAAAGACGAAUACGUGUACAUACCAUGUGCCUUCCAGUUACAAAUCAAUUAAGUGAGAUUUAUGCUGGGGCUGAUCAACAAGCAAUUAUUGGAUUACUGGCAAAAAUGGGUGCAGACAGAAGUGUAACAGCUACAUUACCUGAUGCCAGAGAAGCCAUGUUAAAUGCUUCUGUAGAUUCAUUAUCAGCCUUUGGUAGUACAUUACCUUCUUCACAGAGAAUAGGCAGUUUACCCAUAUGUUACUCACUAAGAUUAUUACCAAUGCUGAUCUCAGCUAUGUGUAAAUUUACUGCCUUCAGAUUUGGUACGACUACCAAACUAGAUGACAGGGUAUUUGCCAUGCAGCAGUGUAAAAGUUUACCUAUACAGUAUCUUAUACAGAGUAUAUACCCUCACUUAUAUCCUAUACACAAAUUAGGUGAAACAACAGUAAUGACAAAGAAUAAUACAGAGGUUCCACAUACCACAAGGCUUCAUCUGUCCUCAGCCAAUAUUGACCGUCAAGGAGUGUAUGUGUUAGAUGCAUAUGAUCGCAUGUACUUUUAUGUAGGAAGUGCUGUUGGUGACCAGUUCUGUCAAGACGUAUUAGAUGUUCCUAAUUUUAUGUCAAUACCUGAAGGAAUGAUUGAUUUACCAGAAUUAGAAAACCCGACAUCAGAAAAUGUUAGAGCAUUUGUAAAUUAUUUAUUGGAUAAUCGACCUAAUGGAUCAACGUUUUAUGUUGUCAGAGAGGACAGUAAAAUACGCAUGGAAUUUUUUCAAUAUAUGGUGGAAGACCGGACUGAAUCAUCAAUGUCUUAUUAUGAAUUUUUACAGCAUUUGCAAAAACAAGUCAAAAGCUGAUUUUGUGAUAUAUAGUGCUUUUAAUUUAUUGAACAAGAUAUUUCUAUAAAAAGAAAUAUUCAUUUUAAAGACGAAAGUACAGUCUCAAAAGGUUUUCAGAUGGGUAAAUGGAAAAGUGAUUAAUAUUUUCAUGUAUUAUUACCCAAGUGCUUGCCACAGAAUUAGAAGUUGUGUGAAAUUGGAAAACUAAAAAAUUUAGUGAUUAUAAUUAAACUUGAAAUAAAUUUGAAAUGUUAAAUCUAUUGUAUCGAACACUGAGGAAUGGAAGUUGAGCCAAAAAACAUUAUUUUAUUCAGGAUAAACAUUCAUGUGAAUUAUAAUAAUGCUGUUGUCCAACAACUGUGUUAACACUUGUUGCAGAUAUCAUUUAUUUUGUUCAACAGAUGAGUUAAAAUUAACUUUGAAAACUGUUACGUUUUUAAAGUCUGUGUAAUUUUUGAAAGAUUUCACUAUAUUGUUUUAAUCAGUCAACAAAUUCUCAUGAAUAUAACUUUAAUUGGCAACUGAAAACUAUGAUAUAAUGAUUGAUAUAUUUUUAAGAUGAAGCCUAGAACGUGAUAAAAGUUGCAACCAGACGUUGGCAUGAUGGUGUAUAAAUAUCUUGGUGCCAACAUAAAAGGAUGCAAUUAUUCAGUUGUUGAUUGUUGUAGUUUAAUGUUUUGUCUCAUGUUGUUGUUUUAUUUUUAUGCUUAUUUAAUGGUAUCUACUGACAAUAUAAUUCCUUUUUGAAAUUUUUAUAAAAAAUUCUUAGGAAUAUUGUCAAUAGUUCAUUAAUUAAACCUUUUAGCACUGUCAAUAAGGCCAGUUCUAUUAUUAUGUUUUGUGAUAUAUAACUGACCCCACUGAUGAACCAAGACAAAUUGUUUUAAAUGCUCCUUGUAAAUGAAAAUGUUAUUUCCUGUGAGUUGAUCAGUUGUGUCUGGGCAAAACAAAUAUAUAUUUUUUACCAUCUAUUUUUUAGAGGCUCUUGGAUUUAUGUAGCAAAAGAAUAAAAUUUCAUCAAAGAUUGAUGACAGCAAAUUAAUAAACAUCAAAAUAUUCUUGAUUUGCUGUGUAUUCCAGGCGGUGGUGGUGCAUGUAGAUUACAUCUUUCAGUUUCACAUUUUGUGGAAAUUGUGUAUAUUCUCCCAUUGUACAAUUGUACCAUCCUGUGAUCUUCAAAUUAGAUCAGGCCUAUUCAAAUUUCAUCUUUUCUUCAAGUCAAACUUUAGGAAUACCAUCUAAGGGAAACAACUCAACAUCAUUGGGCUAAGCUUUAAAAGACAUGGAGACCCACAACAAUGUUAAAUCACUCAAUGGAGAUAUAAAAAAAUAAAUGGAUUUUUAUUUAAGGUUAACAGAAAGUAAAACAUUAUUUGGACUUUUAAUUUAUGAAAAUUUGAUUGUGAAAUGUACUCUUAUUUGCAGUUUUUCAUUUCCCUUUAACAUUUAUACAUUCAAAUUGUUUUCAAAUUGUGUGUUUUAUUUUUUUAUUUCAUGCAUGAUCAAAACACUCACACCAUAUUACUCAUUAUAUUUGAUUUGUCAGGUGUUUACAUCCAACACACUGCACACUUUUAUGAAAUACUUGUAAUUCUAAACUUCUAUCAUGGAAUACAUUGUAAUGUUAUAACUAUUUCCUCUGUGAUCUCAGCUUGACUGACAUUUUGUGUUCUUUAUAUCUUGCUCAUACUGUAAUAACAGUCAUAGUUAAUAUAUUAUUACAUAGGGUUGUAACUUACUUACAAAAUUUAUCUUGUAUUUGCUAGCUUAUGUAUAUUUUACCAGCUCCUCCGCUUUAUUUCCCAUAUAAUUGCAAAUUUGUCACAAAGAAUUAUCAUGGGUUGGAUGAGGCACAACUGAAGUUUAAUUUAAAGGUCCCAAAAAAACAGUAUAUAAUCUACUCCUUAUACUGGAAAUGUAAUAAAAAGAAAUAUAUUUUACAAGAGUUUUAUUUAUUAAAAAUACAAAAUGAUUCUUAUAUGAUGGUUACCAUUAUAUACAUAUACAAUGUACAAUAAUAUUUAUUUUUUAAAGGAUUGAAAUAUUGGAAAACACAAUAUUAUCAUGAUUAUCAGCUGUUAUUGAAUUUUAAAGUUAUAUAUUUAUUUGUAUAUUAAAAUUUAGAGAUUAAAAUAUUGUAAAGAAAUUAAAAUAAGUUAUUCUCCCCUAGAAAACAAAUAUUUGAUAUAGUAAUCCUCUUCCUUGGCUUCUCCUUUCAGUGGAAUAGUAAUACCCAGUCUAUAAAUGAAUUUAAACUGAUUAAAUAUUCUUUUUCUUUAAAAUAUUAACCUUUCUGAUUUCUGUUUCAGCAUAAAAUAAAUAUAUAUACUGUUAAGACAUAUUUCCAUCCAAUAUCAUAUACCUUAUUGAUGCUUCUUAUGUAACUCUGUUUUACUCAUUGAAACUCAGAAACUUGGUUCAUCUAGAUUUAAACAACUUCCUUGAGAGUAUUGAAGCUUGAUUUCGUUAAAAAAAUAACAUAAAGAGACAUCUAACAAAACAUGAGCAUAUGAAGUUUAAUUUAGGCUGUUAAAAAGUAAAAUUGGUUGUUUCAGGUUUUUGGAAACCAGAAGGUUAAUUGUUUCAAAUUUCUGUAGGAGUUGGUUAAUCCACUAGAUGAAAUUGAGUUAAGUUUCAUUGAUUCUGCUUAUUUAAUUUAUUUUACAUCAAUGCAUCCUUUCUUUUCCCAAUAUAUCAUCCUACACUAUUAUUAAGAAAAUUAUCAUUUGUAAUAAAAUCAUAUAGAAAUGUUCUUCACCCCUUUGUUGUUGACUUGAUAACCAGGCACACAUUUGUUACAUGUAAAUACAUGUUAAAAAUAUCUAUGUGUAUAAUGUACACCUAAAUAUGUGAAUAAUUGUAAUAUAUUUAAGAGUAUUUGGUAAAGAUGUUUCUGUUGUAUAGUUUAUAAACUAGACAGAUACUUUGACGAAUGGUUGAUAGAAAGAGAUAUUUUAGGUGAAUGUGGUGCUUUAUUGUGUACUACGGUAUGUUUUAUCAACAAUUAUUGUAGAUUUCAUGCAAAGUUGUAAAAUACCUGUUCAUAAAAUAAAUUAUCCUAUUAUAUGCA